AUGGAUUCAUUGAUUGAUAGUACUAAUCACAUAUCAAGUAGCAUUAAUAAGAUGGUCGAGUACCGCGCAUUGAAGGGCCGUAUUCAUAGUGUAGGGUUUCAGCCGGAUGAAUGCCUAAUACCGUUCUUAGAGUUAGCCGGGUUCGGAUCAGCAGCAUUGAUCCGGACUUUUAAUCUACGAUAUGACUUGAUUUCUACCUUAGUCGAGCGAUGGCGUCCGGAGACCCACAUAUUUCAUUUGCCGUGCAGGGAGUGCACAAUCACUCUAGAGGACGUUGCACUACAGCUGGGGCUCCCCAUUGAUGAGAACGCGGUCACAGGCGUAAGUUUGAUCUCCAGGCCUGCUCACCUUUGCUAUGACUUACUUGGACGCUCGCCAAGUGAGGGAAAAUUUCAAACCUUGAAGUUUUCAUGGCUAAAGGCCAAUUUUGAAUAUUUGCCUAGUACUGCCACUGAAUUGGAGGUUAUGCAGGCAGCUUGGGGGUCUGCAGUGUUAGCCAUUUGUACCACGAACUUUGUCGGACAACAGAUCCCUCUGCACAUAGGUGGAUGCCUCAUACUGUUGCAGUCGUGGGCGCUUUAUCAGAUGCCAUUCUUGGCAUCCAUUAGUCAUCAAUCAUAUAUAUUUUCACUCGUUAACAGAUGGAGCACGAAUCCGGGUAUCGGGAGGUCAUACACGGUUCCGAUAUACCGUCUGAUGAUCGAGAAUCAUUCUGGAGAGGGAUUCAUUUGGAUGCCAUAUUCUGUUCCUGAAGUUACAGCUGUUAUUCCAUCGUAUGCCCACGUCCACUCACACCUAUGGUGCAUUAGUGCACCCCUUAUCCAUUUUCAUACGGUGGAGUGGUACGAUUGA